UAUACUCCUGCUGUUGAAUAUUUUAUUUUGCGAAACAUUUUAUAAAAAAUUAAAUAUGAAAUUGAUUUUGUUUAUUGUCGGCCUGAGCUACGUUAGCUCAUCGGCUAUUAGGAACUCAUCACCCGACCUAAUUCUAAUUCCUAACGGGAUCAGUGGUGAUGGUAUAACCACCAGAUACUGGGAUUGUUGCGCCCCCUCUUGCGCUUGGGACGGCAACACCAAGAACACCAAAAACGGAAUUCCAGAUCAGACCUGUAAAAUUGAUGGUGUGACCAACAGCACCAAAGUCGAUAAUGCUCAAUCCGGAUGCGUGGAAGGAGGAGUAGCUUAUACCUGCAAUAGCCAACAACCGAUUGUGGUGAACGACACUUUGGCCUACGGAUGGUCUGCUGCUUCGUUUACAGGUGGCGAAGAUGUUAGCAAGUGCUGCGCUUGUUUUCUUCUCUCAUUCAAGGGCAAAUUGGCCGGAAAACAAUUUUUAGUUCAAAACGUAAACACAGGAACUGAACUCAACCAAAACCAAUUCGAUCUUCAAAUUCCCGGAGGCGGUGUCGGAAUCUUCAACAUAGGCUGCAUGACGCAAUGGAAUGCUCCUGAAGACGGUUGGGGUAAAAGAUACGGUGGAGUUUCCACCAUAGAGGAAUGUCAAUUGUUGCCCGAAGUUCUACAACCUGGAUGCAGAUUUAGAUUCGAAUUUAUGGAAGGUGCCGAUAACCCCGACAUUACUUUCCAGGAAGUUCAAUGUCCAGCCGAGGUUGUCGCUAUAUCUGGAUGUGAUAAUAACUAAUGUGUAUUAAUUUAACAAUAAAUAAAUUGCAAGAGUUGUUAUGUUCUAUUCUAGAAAUUAAAAAUUUUAUUACAUCGUUU